CAUUUUAAUGUGGAAAGUGAAAGUGACAUUACAUUUGCCGCUAUGAUCAUUGGGGAAGCGCUACUGCUACAGGGGCGACGGUCUGCUCCACUUCACUGACUGAAGUAGGGAUGUCUACAGUGAAGAAGGGGGAGGGAGGUACCACUUUGUCACAGGCUGCUAUGUAGAUUAACCUUUCAAUUAGUUGUUAUCAGGUCCUCUCUGUCUCAGCGCGAGCCUUCAGCGAAUCGUUUAGAGAUUAAAAAUACAAGGAAACCCCCCUAUGGAUGUGCCGCUGUGAGUGUGAUUAUUUAUAUCCGAUCGUCGUUUCAGUCAUCGUGUUAAUAAAGAAGAGGACUGUAUCCGAUAAAGAAAACUUGAAGAGGUAACUACCAGCAAAUAUUUACGUUAUCAUCUGGAUCUUGAAGGAACUAGCGACAUUCGAAGGAAUCGUGUUCCAAGUCGGUCGGUAACUGUCCCAACCUUCGAGGAAUUUACUAUCUAGCUACUUUCAUCUUAUUUUGAGGUUACAUGUGAGCUUCCACCUUGGAUGAGGAUUUACAGCAGGAAUGUAUUGAUGCCGAGGUGGAACAUUACUUUUUGACCUUCAAGAUGUGUUGGAUGUAUCAAAUGUUUCACAACAACAAGGGAUAUUCUCUAUGGAUCACUUUUUCCUAAAUAUCAUUGUUUAACCAUGGUGGAACUUGCUAACCCUCUGUAUACGGAGUGGAUUCUAGAAGCAAUACAGAAAAUCAAAAGGCAAAAACAGAGGCCUUCCGACGAGCGGAUUUGUCAUGCGGUGGCUACCUUACACAGAUUGGACAAGAGGACCGUUCUGGAGCAGUUGGCGUUAAGUGUUCACAAUGGUUCCAUUCUCAAAGUCACCAAUAAGGGGAGCGUGUCGUACAAAGACCCUGAGCACCCUGGGAGAGGAGUAUCUUCAUCAACAACAUCAUCGCUCAAACCUGUUAGUGCAAACCUAUCUGUCCCAUUGUCUAAAGGAUCUAUAUGGAAUCCCAGUGACCUUCGCCACGUUGACUGGAAUAAAAUUCUGAGGAGGGCCAUCGAGGGUCUGGAUGAUAACCACGGUUCCUCUCUGAAGAACAUCCAGAGGUACCUAAGGAACCAGGAUGAUCUAUCACAUGUCCUGGACAACCCGGGGUUUCAGCAGAGGUUACGACUGUCCGCCAAACGGGCAGUCAACAACGGCCGGCUGGAGAAGACCGGCCCACUCUACAGGUUAAACCAGGGGGGUAGUGGAGCGGAGGGGAGGAGCCAGAGGUGUCCAGGUGCUUCCCCAUUGGCUCUUCAGUGUGUCACACUUCUUCCACAUGAGAGUGACCAGCUACGCGCUGACCCCAUCCCAAUAUGCAGUUUCUGUUUGGGAACGAAAGAGUCCAAUCGGGACAAGAGGCCAGAGCAGCUUCUCUCCUGUGCAGACUGUGGGAGCAGCGGGCACCCAUCUUGUCUGAAGUUCUCCCCAGAGCUGACCACAAAUGUGAAGAGAUUGCGAUGGCAAUGUAUAGAAUGCAAAACCUGUAGCUCCUGUCGAAUACAGGGCAAAAACGCUAGUGAAUUGACAGAAGGUGUAACAUCUAUGCAACAACAGGGAAGCCACCACACAGCCCCACACAUGCCUCCUGUCUCCUUGCAGGACGAGAUGCUGUUCUGUGACUCUUGUGAUCGGGGGUUUCACAUGGAGUGCUGCAACCCACCACUCUCAAGGAUGCCAAAAGGUACCUGGGUCUGCCAGGUCUGCAGGCCCAAGGAACAUGGAAAGAAACUGCUGCAUAAGAAAGCCGAUGAGAUCAAACGUCGAUAUGCAAAGCCAAUCGGGAGGCCCAGAAAUAAGCUCAAACAUAGAAUGUCUGUAAGCAGUGGUGACGGCUCCAUGCUAGCCCGGGGAGGAAGGGGGUCACCUGGUAGGGGUCAAAAGCUUAUCGUCUGUUCCACACCUUCAUCUGGUCAUGCAGCAUCUGUGAAGGACGCCACAGACAGAUUGGCUGUUGCUACAUCAGACCCCUGUUGGGCCGGUGACGCUGUCACCUUCACCACCCAAUUCACCACCUCCUCCUCCACCCCUUCCACCACCCCCCCCCUCACGCCCACCUCGUCCUCCUCCACCCCAGCAGUUACACUCACUGUUAACAAGAAAACCAAAGGGCUUAUCGAUGGGCUUUCCAAAUUCUUUACCCCCUCGCCUGUCGGCCGCAGGUCGUCGCGAGCCGGCGAAAUCUUAGACCCCUCUGCCCUGAAAGGGCCACAGUCUUGUUGUCCUGCUAGGAAAAAGCCGGGCACUCCGCCGAAACUAUGGGAACUCAGUCCGUCUCAGUCAGUUGUUGGCUUAGCUGCAAAGUCUGAUACAACUCCAAGUCAAAAGCUAACCACCAUCACCACCAUAUCUCCCUGUACACUCCCUCUCCCCCCCCCACCCACGUCGCUUGGACAUAGCCCCACCACCUCCCUGGUCUCCUCCAGCUCCACCUCCGCUAACUCACCCCAGAGUUCUUCCAGCCAGUCUAGCGUCCCCUCCAUCACCAGUCUCUCUAAUCACAACCAACUUAAGGGACUCUUUGACGGACUCUCCCAUAUCUAUGCCACUCAGGGACAAUCUCGGAAAAAGGGACUGCCUUGCUACGCACCACCUAAGCGCAGACACCGUAAGCAGGACUUAGGGUCCUGUGCAACCGCGUCCAAAACAUAUCCUCUCAUUCCCCAUCCUCCCCAACAGCGCCUCGGAAAGAAAGACAUGACAAAGAAUAGGUUGUUGAUGUCGUCCCACUCCUCCUCCCAUCCCAGGCCCGGCCGGCCCAGGGGGCGCCCCUUUAAGGUGGUCAGUCACUUCAGACGUAGCCCCUUUUUAAAAAAGCACAGGACGCUAGGCAGGCUAAGAUGUAGAGUGACCCCUCAGAAGGGACCCCAGGAAACACCAGGAAAGGGAGACAUGACAGACGAAGGAAGAAUUAAGGCAGAGCACGACCAUGGCUGUGAAGGUGAAUUGAGGGUGAAGCAGGAACCUGGCUUUGUAGCGGUCUCCAGGGAACAUGUCACAGAGGAAGACAUGGAGAUAUUCACACAGGUCCACGAGCUCUCGUCGCAGAGAAAUGGAACUAUGACUAUCACUGACUCUGGACGAUACCCGGCCGUCAUUGAGUUUGGGAAGUAUGAAAUCCAAACCUGGCACUCAUCGCCUUACCCACCGGAAUACUCAAGAUUGCAAAAGCUUUACCUGUGUGAGUUCUGUCUGAAGUACAUGAGAUGCAAGAACAUCCUCCAGCGACACGCCAAGAAGUGUGGCUGGUUUCAACCUCCAGCCAAUGAGAUUUACAGGAAGGAUGACCUUUCAGUGUUCGAGGUUGAUGGAAAUGUCAGCAAGCUUUUCUGCCAAAACCUCUGCCUUUUAGCCAAGCUGUUCCUGGAUCACAAGACCCUAUAUUACGACGUGGAGCCUUUCCUUUUUUACAUACUAACAAAGAAUGACGAGAAAGGCUGUCACCUUGUGGGUUAUUUCUCCAAGGAAAAGCUUUGCCAGCAGAAAUACAAUGUCUCCUGUAUAAUGAUCAUGCCUCAGUACCAAAGGCAAGGCUUUGGAAGGUUCCUCAUUGAUUUCAGUUACCUUCUGACGAGGCAGGAAGGACAAGCUGGCUCCCCAGAGAAGCCUCUGUCAGAUCUGGGUCGCUUAUCCUACCUGGCAUAUUGGAAAAGUGUCAUGGUGGAGUACCUCUAUAAGCAGCCAGAUAAACACAUCAGCGUUAAAGGAAUAAGCAGGGCCACUGGGAUGUGUCCGCAUGAUAUCGCCGCUACUCUCCAGCAUCUCUGCAUGAUUGACAGGCAGGACGGCAGGUUUGUGGUGAUUCGAAGAGAGCGGUUGAUCCAGAGGCACAUGGAGAAGCUGCGAGCCAGCCCCAGGCUGAACCAGGUGGACCCUGACGCACUGCACUGGACCCCCAGCCCCAGGCUGAACCAGGUGGACCCUGACGCACUGCACUGGACCCCCAGCCCCAGGCUGAACCAGGUGGACCCUGACACACUGCACUGGACCCCCGCAGUGGCCCUCAACACUGUCCUGUCUGAGGAGGAGAGAGAGGUCGAGAUGGAUGCUGAGCGACUGAAGGAGCAGGCUAGUUGGGAGAAUGAAGAGAGAGCGGUGUCCUAUCUGAUGACUAGCAUACAUCACCCUCGUCCUCCCACUAAGGUCUACAGUAAGAACCCCUUCAGAACAUAUGAGCGUCGCCCCACAACCGCUGGAGACCAAAGACUGCACGACUCUGAGGAAUGUAGUGAUGACGAAGAUGAGGAUGAUUCUGAUGGAUCGCCACCCAUCCUAACGAAAGCCCAUGCUAUGUUUGGUGUCAAGAGAAAGAGAGAGAGAGCUGAGAGAGCUGUCAUGCUCAAGAAGAGAGGUCGCAAGAGAAGAAGGAUUAAUAGCAGUGUGACGACAGAGACCAUCUCAGAGACGACGGAGGUUCUGAACGAACCGUUUGACAACUCUGAGGACGAGAGGCCCAUGCCCCUGCUGGAGAGAACCUGCGGGGUGGGCGAGAUGGAGGAGGAGGGGCUGAGGAAACCAGUGAAGCGACGCAGAGGUCGUCCACGGCUGGAGAAAAACAUGGACAGAGACAAUCGUGAACACUGGAAUGAAGUAGCCGGUGUCCUGUCAAAGAAACCGGGCAGGCCUCGAGCGGUUAAGCGCAAGAAGGGCUGGCCCAAAGGAGUGAAAAGGGGGCCUCCAAAAUGGCGUCUGAAGAAGGAGAGGAAGAUGGGCUUCAAGCUGAACCUGUACACUCCCCCCGAGACGCCGCUGGAGGCCGAGGAGCCCCACAUCCAGGCCGAGGAGCCCAAGGAGGAGCCGGAGGACCAGGACAAGGCCUCGACCAUCACGGAGGAGGAGUCAGAGCCCGGCAGAGACCUGGCCGGUCGGGACACAGAUAUGGACAAGCGCCUGCCCUCAGAGCCCCACAGUCACAUGGAGGAAGAGAGUCCUAGUAAACUGAGCUCCCCUGGGGUAUCUCCUGUGGCUUCUCCCAUGGCCUCUUCUCCAGUAGCCUCCCCUAUGGCCUCUAGAGCUAGCUCCCCUGUCUUCUCUCCUGUUGGCUCCGCUAUGUGUUCUCCCGUCAGAUCCCCCAUCCGUGACGAGCCACCGGAGGAGGACCCACAAGACAGUGAGCACGGGAACUCUCAAGCUCCUUCUCCAUCUAAACAGCUGGACCACAGCACUGAAAGAUCAGCCGAGGAUGAUGAAGACGACGAGGCCACUCACCUGGACGCGGACGAUGAAGACGAGAGUCGCGUCGAGUCGACUACAGAGCCAGAGAAAGAGGAGCGGAAGCAAGAGCCAGAGCCUUGUCAGGAGCCUCCUGAAGCGGAGUCCUGCACCACCCUGACUUUUUUACAUCCAAAUGACAACAAUAAGGAUUCUGGACGACGUCAGGAGGGGUCUGAAGGGAUGGCCUAUUGGCGCGAGGAGGAGCGGCCGGCCAACACUGGAGACGAGAGAAGAGACGGUAUCCAGGAACAGGCACCAACCGCAGUAGCAGCAGUAGACUCUGAUCACCCUGUUGACUCCGAGUCAGAGGAGAGUAGCAGUCAGGAGGCUCGACGCCAGCCCCAGCAGACAGAAAGGGAUAGAGAGAGGCUUGUUGCUCUGAAUCCUUCUGCUGUGCUGAGAGACCGAGAGGAGGACCGAGAGGAGGACCGAGAGGAGGACCGAGAGGAGGACCGAGAGGAGGACCGAGAGGAGGACCGAGAGGAGGACCGAGAGGAGGACCGAGAGGAGGACCGAGAGGAGGACCGAGAGGAGGACCGAGAGGAGGACCGAGAGGAGGACCGAGAGACGGCCCAGGCCGUGCAGAGCCUCACCCAGGAGACAGAGCGCGACACAGAGACACCGCAGGACAGCUCCAGCUCGGUGUUCCACCAGGAGGCGAGCCACAGCCUGCAGACCCACCCCAUGGUCCCCCAUAGCCCCCCUCACACCCUAACCUCGCUGGACGAAGGCUGCCCCCAGUCGGACCACAGCAGCCCCCUGUCCUCGGCCCACUCCCACCCCAGUCAGUCGGUGCGCUCUGUCAGCAGCCCGGCGUUGUCCAUCCUGGAGAGUAGCAGAGGCAGCAGCAGUGGAGGUAGUGGCGCAGGAGGAGGUUACACCCAGAUCAGCCCUGACCACGGCUCCAGCAGCGGAGCCUCCAUCUCAGUCCCCUCCUCCCUCCACAACAUGGAGACCAGCCCCAUGAUGGACGUGCCGUCGGUGUCGGACCACUCGUCCCAGCAGGUGGUGGACAGCGGCUUCAGCGACCUGGGCUCCAUCGAGAGCACCACAGAGAACUAUGAGAACCCCAGCUCUUACGACUCCACGCUGGGGGGCAGCAUCUGUGGUGGGGCCGGGGGUCCGGGCGGACCUGGGGGCCCCCCUCAGAACAGCUGUUCCUACGGCCCCCUCCCCCCCAGCGGCCUGGUGCAGAGCAGCUGUGCCGUCAGCCAGCAAAUGGGGGGCGUCAACCCUGGAAGCUGUGGCAUGAUUCAGCAGAAUAGCCUAAGCUCCCCGCAGCACUGCAACGUCAAGUCACCACAGGGCUGUGUGGUGGUGGUGGAGAGACCACCGAGUAAUGGUCAACACAGUCAGAGGACUCAGCACAGUCAACACAGCCAGCACAGUCACAGUCAAACAAUCACACACAAUCCCCAUGGCCAUACUAGGCACACUAUCACGCCACACAAUCAGCAUCCGCAACAUAAUCAGCCUCACAGCGCUCCACACAAUCAACACAGCCAGAUAACGCAACACAACCCACACACACACCCUACACACAGUCAGCCACAUGGUGUACAUCACAAUCAACACAGCCUUCACAAUCAACACAGCCUUCACAAUCAACACAAUCAACACGGUCAACACAGCCUUCACAAUGAACACGGUCAACACAGCCUUCACAAUCAACACAGUCAACACAGCCUUCACAAUCAACACAGCCACAGUCAGCAACAGGCCAUGACACAGUGUGGCAUGCCUACCAACUUCACGGCGCCCAUUCAGCUAGCUGACAUCCCUGAGUCAGGCAACCCCAACCUGAGCAACAUCUAUGAGAGGAUGAACCAGGAGGGCUAUGGCAGCGGUCAUUACUCCCAGCCCUCAGCCACCUUCAGCCUGGCCAAACUGCAGCAGCUGACCAACACCCUCAUAGACCACCCUCACUCUCUGCCUUUUAACCACUCUGCCUCCCACUCCCACCCUAUCACAUCCUAUGCAAACAGUACCUCCCUGUCAUCACACUCGCAGCACUCUGGCCUGGUGUCUCUGUCCCAGUCCCCCCACCCCGGCCACCCUCGCCCCCAUGGGGUCUCUCCUCACCCCGGUGGCCCCCAGGUCCAGGUGCAGGCCACCAUGACCCCCCCUCUGACCUCCUCCCACCCCCUCAGUUCCCCACAGAUGAUGCUGCAGCGCAACGCCAUGGGCAUCCCCAACAUCCCUACCUCCCAGUGGACUCUACAGGCUCAGAUGGCCCCCGGGGGACCCAAGGGCCCCACACACAUUGCCAUGCGCUCCAAGUCAGCGGCCUCUGGUCUCUCCUCCCACCCCCACCACCAGCAGCAGAUGUACAGCCACACCCGCGGGCCCCUCCAGACAGUCACCAUGCAGGCCCCCUCAUCCCGGACGCUGGCAGCCAUGCCAAGGGGCAUGAACAUGGGCACGGUCAACAUCAUGCCGGCCCCUGGCAAUCCCUACAACCAUGCUGUUAGUGUCAACUCCAUGAACAUGCCCUCUGCCUCCAUCAACCACGCCAUGAACGGCUACCACGUCACAACCCAGGGGCCAACCAUGAUGGCGGCCAACGGUGGUUACCACAGCAACCAGAUGUCGGGCCACCAGAUGACGGCGGCCUACAUGAACCAGUCGCCCGGGGCCCAGUACGCCUCUAUGCAGAUGGGCAUGAUGGGAACACAGCCAUACCCCCAGCAACCCAUGCAGGCUCCGCCGCACAGCAACAUGUACUCUUCAGCAGGUCAGCACGGAUACAUGACCAACACUGGACCCAUGUCCAAGCAGACACUCAAAGGGCCUUUCAUCAGACGGUAACCCUCGGUUACUGACCUAACGGUUAAAGAAACCGUAACUAAUGACAAACAAACUGAAUCAAUCUGACUGGAUGUUUAAAUCACACAAAUGUGCAUUAUUAUUACUAUGAGUCCUAGAUGCACAAAUUUGGCCUUUUUUUGUUUGUUGAUAAUGUUUGUUUGUUUUCAUUUAGUUUAUAGUUACUUAAAAACCAGCACUUGGAAAGAAUGCAAAAAGUUUCAUCAACAAGCAAACUUUUUACAACAAGCUCCUAUCUAUGUCAAAGUAUUUUUGUUCCUAACAGAUUUGUGUUCUUUUAGGUUCUAAGCCUUACGUCAUGAAGAUAAAAAUGUAUUUAAUUAGUAUUAGUCUCCCUGGUCACUCCUUAGGGUAGAGGGGGGAGGAGACUGGGAAGAGAUUUCAUCACCGGGAGUGAGUGUAGUUAUGUAGCAGCCUCAAACUAAGCCAUCUAAUGUGCCUGCUACAAACAGACUUAAACAAGUGGAUAUUCCUAGAACCUGUUCAGUGUACCUGUCUAACAGUGCUGACGAUUAGUUUGUACUAUACUCAUGCCUUUGUAUAUUUAAAUUAUUGUACUUAUUUUGUAAAGCAUGCUUCGGUCUCCAGUCUCCGUUAGUAACAGUGCAUUGAGUAGUACUGUACAAGUGUUGUGCUUAAUAGCAAGCCAUUCUAAAUAUAUUUUGGCCUUUAUUAGGUUCCCCCUCUCACAGGGCGGGGGGAGAAAGAUGAAACUAUAUUUUGUUAAUUCUAAUAAUGUAAAAAAAAGUGUAAACUUCUUUAGUCCUGUUCUUCUGUAUGUUUGAGAGGUUUCAUUGCUAUGUAUGUAUAAUUCUGAAGUCUUUUGUAACAGAUGUCCUUCCUUGAGGCAGCUUUCUGUUUUAUAACACAGAAGACUGAUUUCUGUCAAGAUAACUAAGCAUAUCUCAGUGUUUGUACCCUGACUCUGAUUCUAAAACAUUUCAAAGAGGUGUACCAAUGUCGAAAUGUGGCGGAAUUUAAAAAAAACAACUAAAUGAUUGAUGAUUAUUAUUAAUAAUAAAGAAAUAUACAUUUA